CCGUCAGUGCGGGGAAUCUGAUGAUCGCAGCAGCACAUUCCAAUGUGAUCAAGAUGUAGCGGCGGUGCUGAGCGGACCGACUUUGUGCUUCCAGUCCCGUGUUCAGGCGCACUUUAACGGAUAAAAUGUCCACCUCGAAGGAGGCGAACACCUGUCCCGACGGCUACCGGGCUUUGAGUACCGCCGAGCUGCGCGAGCUUUUGCAAAACGACGACAAAAUGGACAAAAUCAUCCGACUCAAUGAGAAGUUUCAGGAGCUUCAGGUGGACAGGGAGCUGCAGCUGACCUCCAACCGGAGCCUGGCCGAGGAGAGCCUGGCUCGACGACCUCGCCUCAACAACGGCAAACUGCAGCUGGCGGAGAAGUACAAAGAGCUGUCCGGUCGACUCACCGCAUGCUGGGAGAAACGACGUCAGCUGGAGGCUCGCGACCAGAAGCACAGCCUGCAGACGGCGCAGAACCUCCUGCAGGAGGAGGUGGCACGUGCUGAGGAACAAUCAGAGGAGCUGCUGGAGAAAUUCAUGGAGGGGAACGUGAGCCUAGAUGAGUUCCUGGAUUCCUUUCAAAGCUCCAGGAGGACGUAUCACAUCCGUCGAGCUCAGGCUGAGAAGAUGCAAGAGGCGGUCCGGGCCAAGAGGCAGCCGAGCAAAGCCAAGCGAGCCGAGGAGAACCAAGUCCUGGGAGUGAAGAAGGACUCUGAGCAGCCUCCGGAACCCCAGCGACCUAACGGCUUUGUGGCACAGGGACCCCUCAGGGUGUUCCAAGUACGCUACGGCCUGACGCCGGCCAUCCUCGUCCCCCAUUACCCCGUGUCCCCGCCAGCAUCGGCUCCUGUCCACCAAGGGAGCAGCUCCCACCCCGAGCCCCAGCUGGGACAGACCCACGUCCUGAGCCCCAGCAACCCGCUUCCGGGACACGGCCAGCCGGUGGGCCUCAGGGUCAUCGGACAGCUGUCGGGCGGCUGGCCGGCCAACGGGCGGCCGGUUCGAGUGCAGCAGCUCUACAGACCCAACCCCCAGCAGCCCGAGCCGCCGUACCGAUAAGCCCCAGCCAGGGCUGAGGACGAUUUCAAAAGAUGGACCGAGAGGUCUUCCAAGACCAAGCGGUGACUGUCGAGACCCAGACCGGCAACACUGAAGACCUCGGUUUCUGUUCUCCAUCCAUGACGCUCAGCUGUAACCAUGAAACCGUGAAACAGGUCAGAGGCGAUGAGGCUGGACGCACUGGGGAUGAGCUGCGAUAGCCAGUCCAAUCAGAACCCUGGAAACAAAUCUCUGAAAUCUGUUCAUCUCUCUUUAUUAGUUCUGAUUUAGUAACAAACAACUAAAUCCAGGAGGAAGAGCUUCUUGUUCUGGUGUUUACGAGGGGUGUAAAUCAGAUUUAUCACAAUACCAUGUUUCAUGGUAUAAUUUAGAUUUAAUUUAAUUCACAUGUCUGCAACCGAGUUGGGCAUAUGAUGGAGCCGUGUUUUUCAUUUUGCCUCAAUUUAAUCAUUUAAUUGAUUUAUGGAUCUAUAUUGAUGUAUUGUUACACCCCUCGUGUUAACUCUAGAUUUCAGGUGUGUAAUUUGAAAUAAUGAGGAGUGAUGAUUAAAAUAUUCAACUAAGAAACAAGCAACCCCCAAAAACCAGAUACUCCCAGGUGAACGCUAAUUUUAUUUAAUAUUUAACGUAAAAAGGACACGUUUUUGCUUGAGUUCCUAUUCGAGGUGUUCUCCAGAUGCCUCCAAACUUUAUUUUUUAUGUCUUCCAUCAGAAUACAUCAAACUAGGUGCUGAAAAAUUUGUCGUUACGGUGAAAUAUCUGACGUGUCGCUUUGAGAACAUUUCACUUCACCUGUCUUUAGGUUUGAACCGUGUAAAAUGUCGACACCAGGCUCAGCCAAGAGUGGAUCAGUGAUUAUCUUUAGAACUAAUCGUAUUUAUCUAUUUAAUUAACUUUUUAUAUACCCUGCCUCAGCCAACAAAACUGAUUAAUAACUCCUGAAUUAUUAUUUAUUUGAACGUUCAGACGGCAGAGAUGAGAUUUGAUUCGACACUGGAUUCCAACAAGCUGCUAUCGAACCCCAUCCCCCCCGCGAGAACGAUGCUGAUUUGAAACUACUUUAUUAGGUUUUUAACCGUUUUACAGUGAUGGAUGUGAGGCUCUUCUUUAUCGCAGACAGGAACAGAGAUGACAUCAAUAACCUGGAGUUUAAUUUAAAAUCUUUUUUUUUUACGUCGGAUCAGACGGUGACAUUCGUUACUGUCGGAGUUUAAACAAAAAAAGGUUCUGUAGAUCUGAGCAGGUGGGCUUUAUCCCCCCCCGACUUGAACUGAACUCUGUUGUUUGGAUCUGAAACGAUUACCCAAAGCCUCCAGCCUUCUCGUGUGGUUUCAUUAAAGCAGCGUCGCGUCAGUCGCUGAUUUAUUUAUUCAUGGUAAUCCAGUUUUAAAUGGCUGACUUCAAAGCUUUUUGUUUACCGUGCUAAAUGAAGAGCUGCUCCUCCUUUCAAAGCAGCCGUGUUGUUUUAUUAUUUUUUUAUUUCUCCUGCCAGCCGAGCUGCAGACUGAGGGGGGGAUUAAUCUCUAUGAGAAUGUCGCUCGCAGUCGCAGCAGAACAGGUUUUCACUCCUCAUCCUGCAGGAUUUUAAAGGGAAACACUUCAGAUUGUGGCUGUGAUGAUUCUGCUCUUGAACAGACAUUUUGUUCAUUAAUAACUCAUAAGUGCAUGCUUACUAUGACUUAUUUUAAGUACAGGAAAAUGCCUUUUACAAGCCAGUGCUCAGUUGCAUAAAAUAUCCUUCCUUUGGUAAGGAAUUUAAACUUAACAUCAUCCACAAGGGAAAAUGAUCCAUUUUUAUAGUUUUAGCCAUCAUUUCAGUCUCAUCCUAUAUUUGACCAAUUUAAUUUAACUGACUUGUUCUGAGAUUUAACGGCUCUGUUUUUGCCUCACGUUUGAAAUCCCCACCAGUUUUAUAAAAUUCAGUUUGAGACAUUUUGUGUAACAAACAGAACAAGUGGAGACUCGCUCUCACUCGCCUCAGUGUUCGACUUGGCCGAGGAAAUAAUGAGCUGCUGGGUGAGCACACUUUUCUAUUCUUAGCUGUGUUUCUGUUUAGUCUGGAUCUUUGUGUUGUCUUUAUUUGUUGUGUUUAAAAAAAAAAAAAAACCUGGGGACUGUGAACAAACCAGAACUGCUGAUCCAGCUUGCAACUCUUUCUCGUGGAUAAUUAAUUUUGUUUUAGUCGAUGGUGUUUUGAUAAAAACGAUGGCGAAAACUCAA